AAUUGUGAAGGACACGAUUCUGUCAGGUUUUUUGCUGUGUAAAGAGGUGCGUGAGUAAGGUUGAAUUGAACAUUUCGUGCAGUGUUUGUUAAAGGUUGGCUCGGACAUUGGCAUUUAUUACUUGUUGCUCGCAGUGCUUUUUCACGGAGAUCUUUUUAUUUUCGUUUGAAGUUGUGUUCAAAAAAAGGAUUAGCCGCAAAAAUGCCAACCUGGAACCAGAUCCAGUCUCAGCUCAAGCACCCUAAUAAUCCAGUGGUGUUCUUUGAUAUAAAAGUUGGCAACACUGAGAUAGGUCGGAUGCUGGUGGAGUUGUUCGCCGACGUCUGUCCGCGGACUGCGGAGAACUUCCGGCAGUUCUGCACGGGCGAGUACCGCAGGGAUGGCGUCCCCAUGGGCUACAAGAACGCCAACUUCCAUCGCGUCAUUAAAGACUUUAUGAUACAGGGAGGAGACUUCAUCAAGGGUGACGGCACAGGCGUUUGCAGCAUAUACGGAGGCUCGGCUUUCGCCGAUGAGAGCUUCAAAUUUCGGCACGAUGGUCCAGGCCUGCUCUCCAUGGCCAACAGCGGCCGUGACAGCAACGGCUGUCAGUUCUUCAUCACGUGUGCCAAGUGCGACUUCUUGGACGGCAAGCACGUGGUGUUCGGCCGCGUCAUAGACGGGCUGCUGGUGAUGCGCAAGAUCGAGAACGUGCCAACCGGGCCCAACAACAAGCCCAAGAUACCGGUGAUCGUGGCGCAGUGUGGACAGAUGUGACGGCAGCCCCGCAACCGUCCCCUCGCCAUCCCCGCCCGCGUCGCCGUUCAUCCAUCUUGUCACUCGUAAUACACAACAUGCUCUCGCUCUCACGUGGACAUGUUUCUCUUUUGCGUACACGAGCGGCGAACACAGCAAUGCACCAGACUGUGGCGGGCGUGGCGCCCGAACGCUCUUAACACCAGACGCGGGCAGUCGGGCAGGGGCAGGGGCAGGCGCUGGGCUGGUGUCAGCGGCCGCGCCGACCCGGCCCGGCGCCAAACGUCUGCUGCCGACCGCCCUCCUGCUGCCACGGCUUCUUGC